AAGAUUAGAAAAUUGUUUUUCCCCGUUUGUGACUGAGUGCGAGAGCGCAGUGACUACCGGAAUGAACUAGAAUACGUUCCGGGUCGUGUUACCGGGUCCCGGUGGACCUCCUAGCGGACCUUGGAAGUAGAUUUUCGCGUGUUUUUUUUUUCUUCCGUUUGGUUUUCUUGGUUUGGGUCCCAGUUUUUUUGCACGCACAUCCAGUUCGAUCGUAGUGCGAUACGAGUAAGAGAAAAAGAGAAAGAAGCAGUGGUGACAGUCAACAAAUAGGCGUUUCACUAGCACUAGCAGCCACUGGAGCAAGCGAGAGGCAAGAGUAGCAAAAAAAGAUGUCGAAGCUUUCGUUUCGGGCGAGGGCCCUUGAUCCCUCGAAACCAAUGCCUAUAUAUUUGGCCGAGGAGCUGCCGGAUCUUCCGGAAUAUUCGGCCAUCAACCGGGCCGUGCCGCAGAUGCCCAGUGGAAUGGAAAAAGAGGAGGAAUCGGAGCACCACCUGCAGCGAGCAAUAUGUACAGGACUAAUCAUUCCCACGCCGGAGGUGUUCGAAGCGACCGAUUCGGAGUUUUACGAGCGGUACUACCCACAGGACUACAAGAUGCCGAAGCAGAUGAUCCACAUGCAGCCGCUGAACCUGGAGCAGGACGUACCCGACUACGAUAUGGACAGCGGGGACGAACAGUGGGUCAACACCCAGGGCAAGCGGCUGGAUCUGGAUGCGCUGAGGUUUGAGACGAUGAUGGACCGUUUGGAGCGGAGUUCCGGCCAGACGGUGGUGACGCUGAAUGAAGCCAAAGCACUGCUGAAACAGGACGACGAGGUUAGCAUAGCCGUUUACGAUUACUGGCUGAAUAAGCGUCUGAAAACCCAACAUCCCUUGAUUCUGUCGGUGAAAACAGAAAGUAGGGGCAAUACGACCCCAAACAAUCCAUACCUGGCAUUCCGGAGACGAACGGAGAAGAUGCAGACCCGGAAGAAUCGCAAGAAUGAUGAGUCCUCUUAUGAAAAGAUGCUUAAGUUGAGGCGAGAUCUCAGUCGAGCGGUAACCCUGCUGGAAAUGAUUAAACGUCGCGAGAAGAUGAAGCGCGAACAGCUGCAUCUGAGUAUCGAAAUUUACGAGAAGCGCUAUCAGACGCAAGAUUUCAACGGGCAGCUGCUAGCAGAAUAUACCUCCACAGCAACGAAAGCCACUAGACCUGCAUUUGCGCCGAUCUACUCGAAUCAAUAUUCAUCGCACCAUUCCGCGCUGGCUGGCUCCGGCACGGGUGUUACUGGGAAUUCUGCGACGGGAGUCGCGUACGGUAGUGGGAGCUCGUCGCACUAUCACGGAACCAGUUCCAGCAAGCGGGAUGCCGAAGCUCUGACCACGGGUCGGAAAGAGAAACGCCAGUAUAAGAAACGGAAACAUAAAAUUCCCAAGGAGCGUUCUUCGGCUAACAGUGCGGCGGUUGCCGGCAGUUCCGGUGUCGGGCUGGGUCACGCAGGAGCAGGAACGGCUGGUUACCAUUAUCAGUAUCAUCCAGCGGGCGUCGGCAUUGGUGGAGCGGCUAUGCAGAAGUCAGCGGAAGGCACCAUCGGAGGCGGACUCGGCACCGGCUCCGCCGAUCCGGCACUGUCCUCCGACGACGAGGAACUCGCUAACCUGCAGGGUAACGCCACUCCGGAAGAGGAGUACACGUAUGCAUUUCGGCGGAGCAAAUUUAGUCAAUAUCAUAGGCCCAUUACGAAUGACUUCGGCAACUGGCCGUGGGAAUCCAAGGAGGAUAAUGGAAAGGCAGAUCCGAGGUACCGGUUUACGCUGACUUCCCUUCGGCAUCCAAGACCUCGCUGCAUUGGUUUUGCUCGGCGGCGCAUGGGACGCGGUGGCCGCGUCAUCAUCGAUCGCGCAACGACUGAUCUGGAUGAUCUGUGGUCCCGGCUGGAUUACAAGAUUAUCGAAUCGGAAACGACUCCGGCCGCUGCGGUGUCGGUCGAACCGGAGGAGGAGAGCAUCGUCAUUCCGGUUACCACGGCGGUGACGGCAACGACGGCGGCGGUAUCAGCAGCAGCGACAACGACAGCGUCAGCCUCGGCUCUGGCAGUCAAUCCGGUGGCGUGCAGAAAACGAAAGGAAGAAAGUGGCCUGCUAGUGUACAGUAGUGGUGGCAUAAAGCGAAGAAAACAGCUAGUGAUCAAGGAAGAAACAGACCUGGAUGAACUGUUUAUGGCCGGUGUCGGCUUAGUUCGAAGACAUGACGGCGAGGAACGGCUCGCCGCUGGGGUUGGGGUGCAAGUGAAACAGGAGAUGUUAAGUGAUGAGAGGACAUCAGCGACGGCGGCGUCCUCGUCGGCGUUUGUAAUUAGUAGUAAUAGUAGUAGCAGUUGUAGUACUAGUGGUAAUGUGAAUAACUCAGAAAAUAAUGUGAUAAAAAGAGAAGCUGGCGAUGAAAGUGUAGUGGAGGUGAAGCAAGAAGUCCUGGAAGAUUAUGAGCACAUGAUAGACAAUGUAAAUAAUAGCUAUAGAAACCGGAUCAGCAACAACAGCAACAGCAGUCGGCCAGUGAAUGGAGGUAGCAGUAACAGCAGCAGCAGCAACAGUAGUACUAAUGUCAAUAGUAGAAACAAUUUUAUCCAAACGUUUAGUAAUAGUAUUAGCGGUAGUAUAGAGCAGAGUCGUGUACUGUCCCAGUAUCAAACGACGAGGUCGACGGCUUCCCCAGGGAUAACAUCAUCAAAUAGGUGUCGACAAUCCUCUAGCGGUCGAUUGAAUGCACCUUCCGGCUCUGAUGAUCCAUCGGUCGAGCCUGAUCGGAACGCUGCCAGUGUAUAUGCGGACCUGUUGGAUGAGAUUCAAUCCAGUUGGCUUCAUUUCCGGCCGAAGACUCCGGAGCCAGUAGUGCUAGAGGAGGACGCUGAUCUGCUGCACAACGAUCCGUUGUUCCAAAUGGAUGCAAAUCGAAUAGCACUGGAGCUGCAAACGAUUGGUGCCGACCUGCCGGCCGACAUCUUUAUUGAAUCGACGGAGCAAAGUGUUUUCAGAACGAAGCCCUUUGCUUUGGAGAGCCUCGUCGAACCUCAUCCAUUGGGAUUGGAUGCUGGGAGCGGUAGCUCCGCAUCCGCGGGCCGUAAAGAUGGCGACGAUCUGGGAGUUAAGCUGGAAACGUGUUCUAAUUCGGAUAAUAAUCUCAGUGGGGACAGUUUAAAUGAUCUGAACCUUAGUUUGAAUGAGUCCAACGAGGAUGAAAAGAUGCUGGACAAAAUCUUGCAAGAGUGCCAAAUUGACGAUAUGAAAUCGUUGAAUCAGACAAGCAACUUUUGGAAUGGAAUCCUGGAGGACGGAAUACUUAAUCAGCUUGAGGGUACGGAUGAGGCCGGUGCUGGCACCGGUGGUGACCUUAAGGAAGAUCCACUAACGGUCAGUGAACUGAUAAACGUUCCCGCCGCGGAGGAAGUUGCGGUGAACAAAAUUGGUUAUUGUUCAGAGUUGGUUGGUUUCGAUCGGCAAUCGGCUAUCGAAAGGUUCAAGAGCAAACGGCGAAAGAUUCUCAAGCGGUGUAACUACCAAGUAGGCAGCAGUUUCUUCGUUGUUCGUAAUCCGCCCAAAGAGGAGAUUUUCCGACCUCAACCCAUCGUUGAAGAGAAUGUUUCUGCGUCUGACAAUGCUGAUGUGACGGAGGUGGUACCGGAAACAGAGGUCAAAGUAGAACAACAGAACGAACCGGUCUCUGCCACCAUUCCUGCCGAUCAGAUUAAAAUCGAACCUCCCGACGAGCUGCUCGCUGCGUCUUCACCAUCUUCGUCCCAAAUAAAUGCUCCCAAUCAUCAAUCUAGCACGGUGGUGUUACCCGCUGGAAGCGGCUAUCACCAACAAGCUCUUUCCAUCCCGCAAAUUAAGCUAGAACCAGUAAAUCAUCUGCAAGCUACUGUCCCUGCAGUUCCAACGUCAGCUUCACCGGCUACCACAUCAUUCCUGAUCACUUCUCCUGCAGUGCAAGUGGUCCAACAGCAGCCUCAGACGGUGUUAAAUCCUUUAGUGGCAACGGCACAGACGACUGUCCCGGUAAUUCCACAACAACAGCAACAGCAGCAACCGACCGCUCAAAUAACCAUUGCAACCGGUGCAGGAACGGCGGGUAGUGCGAGCAGUAGCGGUACAUCGACUCCAACCAGCAGUUAUAUCGUUCAGCACACGACUCCGAUCGUUUUGUCGCAACAGCAAAUGCAGCAGCUGGCAAACAGUGGAGGCAACAUAGUUACCGUUAGCGGUAAUCAGGUGAUGACAACGAAGCAACAGCUUGGACAACAGUUGAUGCAACAUCAGCAACAGCAGCAACAACAGCUACAGCUUCAGCACGGAAUCACCCACCAGGGUGAAACCUAUGUACUGACGGCGACCCCAGCGUCGACUCUUAAGAAGCAGUUGAAUGGACCGAACGAUAAGACAGUGAAACAAAACGUCAUCAACCCGAAGUUCCAUACGCUUAUAAACCAGAAGCUGGCCGCAGGCCAGAAAGCUGGAGAUCUCAAUAAAAAACAGCUGGAGAUGAUAACGAAGAUGAUGUCACAGAAGAUGAUAGUAAAAUCGGCGGCGCCGGUCAAUCACAGUGCUGCCGCUCAGAUGGUACAGCAGCAGCUGCAGCAGCAGCAACAGCAGCAGGGCAAUGUCGUAGGAACGAGUACGUACAACGUGGUUCACCAAAACUCGCUACAGCAACCGAUCGCGAUCCUUUCGGCAACGAGUCAGAAUCCGCAGCAACCGACGCAGAACAAGAUUAUUCUGACGUCGUCGCCGCAGUUCAUACAGCAGAAGAUUGCGCUGAAUUCCAGUCUAGUAGCUGCGGGUCAGCAAGCUGCACAGCAAGCUCAAUUCCAAACGGAUGCCACAGUCCAAGGACAAACGGGGACGGGAGGAACGACGGUGGUAGGCCAGCCUGGUCAGCACGUAAAGCUGGAAAAAACUGUUAACAUGCUGUUCGAUGCGGACAAGAAUCGGAUAGUAUACACCAACAUUAAGAACAGCCGCGGUCAAUUCCUGGCCCAGUUAAAUCCAAAAGUUGUAAAUAUUAUCCAACCCAUUCAGCAGCAGAAGCUAGUGAACAGUGUAGGCUCUUUACAACAGCAGCAGCAAACGCAACAGCACACAACGACGGUACAGAGUCUGUUGGGAGGCUCGUCAACUACCACAAUUGUAAAUAGCAAAAGCUUUCAGCGAAUACCAGCGGUGAGUAUUCGUGCUCAGCAGAUACAGCAACAACAGCAGCAGCAGCAGCAUCAACAUCAACAGCAGCAGCUAGAUUCACACGGCACGACUACGGUUGCUCUUGCUACUAACAACGCAACCAAUAGUAUCAAAUUCAUCCAGGUGACACCGGCAUCGGCGGCUGCUGCCGCUGCCGCUGCUGCUGCAGCAGCUGCAGCUUCUAGCGGCAACAACGACAAUAGUCCGGCAGCAGCGGCGUCAGCGGUGGGUGCUUCGAUAAGCGGCGUUGGCAGCAAUACCGUGGCUACUGCUACCACUAUGGUUGUGUCCGCUUCAUCGUCCUCCUCCUCAUCAUCCUCGUCCUCGUCCUUGUCCGCAGCUGGGGGCAGCGGCGGAAACUCCGCUGCAACCGCCACCCCUCCCACCAGUAUCAACAUUACCAACAGGUGAGAAUCGAAGAGCAGCCAGCUCGGUAGGUAACUGUUGUUAAUUUUAACUCUAACUUAUCAAUAACGAUUAUAUUUAGGUAAACUUGUCAGUGUUGUGUAAACAAAAGAGAGAAAGAAGAAAAAUGAAAAUGAAGCAUAAAAAUCAUGAAGAACGAACCACAGAGAAUCCAAUUCCAAAUUGUAAACCCAUUUACGAUGUAAUCCGAUGAUGGAACGAGAAAGAGAGUAGAGCAGGGGUUUAUCUUCUAUAUCCGUAAUUCGAUCCGUUGCGUGUGCGUCUUUGCUUUUCUUGCGACGAUUUGGCACCUUGUGCCGGACCGAAUCAUUGUUUGUUUACUGAUUCGUAUUAAACUUUCAAACUAGAAGAAAAAAAAAGAAGUGCAAGCGAGAGAAUGACACACAAGCGAUGCAGAGAGAUAGGUGGAUAGAUAGCGUUGUCAAGAGUGAUAGUAUGGUACCGUACUCGUAAGGAUUGUACUUUUCAUUGAAUACCUAUGUUUCGUUGCAAAAUAGUGAGAUAUGAUGCGCGACACAUGAUUAGAAAUAGUCGCCGGAAAUAAGAUAAAACUGGCACCUCGAAAGGAACCUGUAGAAGCUAAUCUAUUUAAAUUCUUUCACUAUCGAAUGGACGAAUAGCGAAGCUAUAAAAUGACAUACACGGGAGAAUAAUUAAUUAUUCGUAGCGCAAAAUUUCAGUAUGACGAUUUUGCAUCUUAUUGUUCUUGUUCGGCAUUGUGGCUCUGUUGCAUCAACUGUUGUAAUGGCAUUGCGCGCAGCUCGCGGAGAUAAGUUUCCUAAUGCUUUCUACAAAAAACCUUCAGGAUCGAAAAUUUUGCCUUUCUCAGACAAAACAAAAAACCUAAUUAGACGGUAGAAAAUAUGUACAGAAUGUUUCGAUGUUUUGAAUAUUUAGAUGAUUGCGAUCGCACGGCUAAGAGAAAGCAAAAAUAUCAUGGAUCUCGGUCAAUAAGCGUUUGGUUGGUGGCUUUCCAGUCGACUGGUCUUGCUUGGUAGAUGCUCUGGAUUCGAUUCAUUGGUUGUUGGGGCUUUGACUGUUUGUCUUUCCUAUUUAUUUGAUUCAAUAUGGAUUCUGUUCAAGCAUCGACUGGACGUCAAAGUACGGUUCUGUUAUCAGUAAAUUUAUGAAAAAAUGAAAACAUUUGUGUUGUGUGCCAAUACUUGAUUAGAUUCGAUGGAGGAAUCUUGUAUCUCUAUCAUUCGCAUGAAUCAAUCGUCACUUGUAAAUUAAAAAUUUUGUCAUAUAUUCAUCAUAAACAAAAAGGUGAUUGAACCAAUCAAUGUUCGAAAGUAAUGCAUUGGCAUCCGCUAAGAAUAAGGAAAGUUAGAUCUUUUUUUUUGUAUUACUGGGGAUACUUUAAGGUUCAGUUGUAUUUCUGCUUUUUCUUCUAUGGCUCUGUUUGUUCACACCUUGAAUCCGCAGCCGUAAUCCUCUACCGCGUAGCUAACUACUUGUAGUAAAAUAGUUGACAGACAAAAACAAUCUCUUGCACGGGUUAUCGUUUGUGAGAAUGCGAGUCGAGUGCGUUGCCGCAGCAUUAGAAAUAAAACAAAAAAAAAGUGUAGGAAAACUGCUCUUUCUCCUUCCGGAAGCUCAGAACGGUAAAAAAUAGAAUGAAUAAAACGCUUAUAGCUCUCUUGGCAAGUCGACGAGGAGUGCGGAACGGCAAUCGUCGUCCCCACAUCCCUGCGACUGGAGAGAAAAGACAAUUGUUUUAAAUUGUUCUUAUGUGAUUAAUACGAAAAUAAAAGCAAACUUCUUUUCAACUUUCUUCGGUUUAGUCAGUUGAUGAAGAAGAAAAGAUAAAUGUCGUUAGUUUCCUGCGGCGUGAACUGUUCGCUGCUUUGUGAACGUGUGUGUGCGUGUGUUCCUGCGUGAAUGCGUCAAUCAUGUAUCUUCGUAUGUGUAAAAAGUUCAAACUAGUUGAAGCUAAAAGUUUUGUGGUUGGUAUUGAUUAAUGGAAACAAGAAAUCAAACAUUUAAAUAAAAGUAAACCAUUUGACGCGUCCUGGGGCUCUAUUCCAGAGCAGAAAAAGAAGUGUGAAUAUGUUUAGAAGUCUAAUGUAAACUACAAAACAACCAACUUCUUCUGAUUGCGCUUGAACAUUGUAAUUUAAAGGAAAAAAAUCAAGAGAGUAAAAUAAACUAACAGUUGUCAUUUACGUGUACUUUGGCGGAAAUUUCAAAUAGAACAUUCAGAACAAAAUUCAGUAAAAGAAGAGAAUAAAAAACAGUGAGAAAUAUACCAGGUUUAACUUAAUUCCGAACGAGAAAAAUUUACUAAACAACAAAUCACUAAACUACUAUCCUACGAAAAAAAAAACAUAAGGUGAAUAUACCUACAUCCAUAUUGAGAGAGAGAGAGGAAAGCAACCUUCAGAAAGUAUUAUUCUUAUCGAACUACAGUGGAGAAGUAAUAAAAAAAAUACUGAAAAUAGGUUUUUAAUUAAAUUAAAUUAUUAUUUUUUGUACACAGAUUAAAGUAAGAAAUUUAAAAUAUACAUACUUCAAGAUAAC